AUGAAUUGGAAUAUAUCUUGUCUUGUAAUAGUGUUUUUUCUAAAUAUAUGUAAUGGAUAUAUAUCACAAUCACUUAUUCGUUGGUCAAGUUAUGGAUAUGAAUAUUUACCAAUAAAUCAAUCAAUUCAAUUACUUUCAAGUAUUACUGUAAAAUCAUCAAGAGAAUGUUUAGAUGCAUGUCAUAAAAAUAAUCUAUGUCGUAUUUUUAAUUAUGAAACAACAGGUCAUCAACAAUGUCAACUUUUUGAAGGUGAUACAAAAAGAUUAGGAAGUAUUAUUUUAUCAGCAGUGUCGAGUUCAAUCGUUGGAAUAAUUGAAAUUACACCUUCUCUUUAUAUUCAAUAUGGUCAAUCAUGUUCAUCAACUUGUAUUGAAUCACGUUAUUUAGAAUGUAAUGUCAAUUCAAUUUGUGAAUGUCCUGAACAUACUUAUUGGGAUCCAUCAGUGAUGAUGUGUUUAUUACAAUUACCAUUAUUAGGUGCAUCUUGUGAUCAUAAUCUCAAUAUGUGUCGAGAAGAUCUCAAUUAUGUUUGUUUACAAUUUAAUCAAUGUGGACCAUUAUCUUUAUUAUAUGGUGUAACGAUUGCUGAUAUUAAUACUAUUAUUGAUGGUAGUCCAACGGUUGGAAUGGAUUAUCCUAUGGGAGUGACAAUCUACGAAACUGAUGGUGAAUCAUUGAUUAUUACUGAUUCUGGAACUGCACAAAUCGUGCAUGUUAACAAUGCCGAUAAGAGUAAGAGUAAUAUAUCAGUACUAGUACCUAAUAGUUGGGCUAGUGGAGAAACCUUGUUUUAUCCUUAUGAAAUGUUUCUUGAUAUUGAUGAUUCAUAUAAAUUAUACCUUUGUGACUCUGGUAAUAAUCGUAUUGUUAUGUUUUCUUCAAUGCAAUAUGUAUCACCGCCACCUACGAUCGUUAUUAAUGGUAGUGCAGGUGUUUAUACGCAAGACUUGGACAAAUUAGUGGGACCCUAUGGAGUCAAACGAGAUAACCGAGGUAAUUUAUAUAUUACUGAUUUUUAUAAUCAUCGUGUUAUGUUUUGGUCACCGAAUGCUACGUCUGGAGUGAUGAUUGUUGGUAACAAUACAGCUGGAAAUGAUUCUACGCAACUCAACUCUCCCACUGGUUUGUUCGUUGAUUCAUAUAAUUCAAUGUUAUAUGUUACUGAUACAUGGAAUCAUCGAAUACAAUUAUAUAAUUUAACAGGUUCUCCUCCUUACAAAGGUAUUACUAUUGCCGGAACUGGUUCAGCUGGUUCUGAUGAGAAUCAAUUGAAUGGUCCUUGUGGAAUAUGGGUGUCAAAUAAGACAGGAGCUUUAUAUGUUGUUGAUUCGUCCAAUAACCGUAUUCAGAGAUGGGAUAAAGGUGCAAAAGCAGGUGUAACAAUUGCAGGAAAUCCCAAUGGAAAUGCUGGUUCGAAUGCAACAAUGUUGAAUAUUCCGAAUGGUAUUGCUAUUAAUACUGAUGAAACUCGAAUGUAUAUAACUGAUUCUUUAAAUAGUCGAAUUCAACGAUUUGACUUGAUUUAA